AUGCGGAGCGGCCGCGCUCGGUGCCACCGGGAGCGCGGGACGGGCUGGUCCCGCCGCCCGCGCCGCGGCCAACAGGUUGUCGCGGGCUCCCGCCUCGGUGGCCCCGCACGGCGUGAGGUGGGCGAGAAGCGCUGGGGAGACGAGACCUGCAGUACAGGGUUUCAUUCCCCCUACUCGCUGCUGGACCUGGGCUCCAAAAUGGCCGAGAUCUCCUCGUCGGCGUCGUCGGGCGCCGCGCUGCCCUACGCCUCCUCGCUGGGCUACGCGGGCGCCGGCUCCUUCCACGGCGCCGCCGCGGCCGCCGCGGCCGCCGCCGCCUCGGGCGGGGGCCACACGCACUCGCACCCCUCGCCCGGCAACCCGGGCUACAUGAUCCCCUGCAACUGCAGCGCGUGGCCCGGCGCGGGGCUGCAGCCGCCGCUCGCCUACAUCCUGCUGCCGGGCAUGGGCAAGCCGCAGCUGGACCCCUACCCCGCCGCCUACGCGGCCGCGCUAUGA